AUGAUGUCAGUACUUUUCAAUCCCAUGGUGGCGUCCGGGAUGGAGCCAAAUGUCGCCUGGCGUGUCUCCAUGGUGGUGCCGGCGGUCAUGUUCGUGAUUUGUGCCAUUUGCAUGAAGCUCAUGUGUUGGGAUAUGCCCACGGCUCGCAAAUACGAUCCGACCGUGACCGGCAAGACACAAAAGCCUUCAAUGUGGGACUAUGUCGAGGUGCUGCGUGACGUUCGCGUCGUCGUAAUGAUCUUCCAAUAUUCAGCAUGUUUCGGCACAGAACUCGCAAUGAACAAUCAGUUGGCUACGCAUUUUCGGACCUACUUCCAGAUGGAUGCAGGUGAUGCCAGCGCCCUGGCAGGUGCUUUCGGCUUGAUGAAUCUUUUCGCAAGAUCUCUUGGUGGCAUUAGCAGCGAUAUUUGCUACAAGUACUUCGGCUUCCGCGGCCGCAUUUGGGCUCAGUUCCUGGCACUUUUUUUCGAAGCUAUCUUCCUCUUCAGCUUCGGAAAAGUGGACAAUUCUCAGCCCUGGUACGUGGCCUUGGCAGUCUUGGUGUGCUUCUCGCUCUUUGUGCAGAUGGCUGAGGGCACCUCCUACGGCAUCGUGCCGUUUAUGAACCGGAAGCAGCUCGCAGUGGUGUCAGCUCUUGUGGGAGCUGGUGGAAACCUCGGGGCAGUGAUUGCAGGCUUCUGCUUUUACAAGCCGAUCCAGGAUGCCCUGCUGCCUUUCCAGGUCCAUGCGGGCUAUGUAAUGUUCUGGGCUCUACUGAGCCCUUGCUACUACUGGUCCGAGACUGGUGGGAUGUUCUGCGGACCGGCACAAAGCUUCGAGAAGGGCAAGACCCACAGCAGCGAGUCCGAGUCGUACACAGAGUCCGAGAUCAGCAAGAAGCUCGAGACGAUCAACAAGGAGAAGGGCCUUGAGGUGGGCUGCCUGAAAGGGUUGCGGGCACAGAUUGGCAUCUAUUCGUUCAUACGCCCACUGCGGAUGCGCAGUAUUGUAGAACUCGUAAGCAUGGCGGACUUCAAGUUGAAGGUGGAUGAAUCCAACAAGGCAACGGAGUUGCCCCUGCUCCGUGUUUGCGGCACUGUUCAGCAGAAUCCUCACAUGCGAGCGUUCAGGGGAAGUGUCUUCUCCUUCUUCCUUGCCUUCUUGGGUUGGUUUGCCCUUGCCCCGUUGGGGCUGGAGGUGGCCACCAGCAUCAAUAUGUGUGAGAACCAGAAGUUCCCCCCCGCCGAGAAUCCAUUGCGGCCGGCCUAUCUGAAGUACAAAAGCCUGAAGACAGGUCUGGAGUACUGCCAGUAUGGCAAGGUCAAGGAUGGUGAUGUCAUCACGGACUGUGCAGCAGUUCCAGCUGCUGUCAUGAGCAGCAUGAUCGCCAAUGCAGGCGUCGCUGCUGUCGCUUCCACCAUCUUCGUUCGUAUCGCUCUCGGCACCCUCCUCGAGCGCUUCGGCCCAGUGAACGUGCAAGCCAGCCUGCUGACUUUCGGAGCGUUCUGGGUGGCUAUGGCAGCGGCCAUUUCCGCUCCCUGGAAUUAUGCGCUCAUUCGCUUCUUCAUCGGUUGCGCAGGACCCAUUUUUCUCUUUUCUGCGAGCCACUUUCGUGACCAACCAGUUCUGGUGUUCAUGAUGUUCGCGCCCAAUGUGAUUGGAACUGCGAACGCUACAGCCGCCGGAUGGGGAAAUCUGGGCGGAGGUGUCACGCAGAUCUUCAUGAUCUCCGUCCGAUCCCUGAGGCCCUCGCAGUGGAGCGUCCGGGACAUCCGCAGUGAAUGUCGCAACACCGCUGCAGGGAUUGAUGGCCUGAGCUUCAAGCAGUUCGCUAACCUGCCAGACUUGCACUUGUCCAUGCUUUGCGAGCUCUACGAUGCUAUGGACGCUGGCUUGUCGUUCCCAGUUUCCUGGCAGCAGGCUCGGCUGAUUUGCCUCCCUAAACAGGCGGGUGGCACGCGGCCUAUCACCAUCUUGAUGGUCGUGUACAGAAUCUGGUCCUCACGAAUGGCACGUCAUUUAGCCACGUGGGGAGACACGUUCUUCCCCGCCGAACUCGUGGGCGGCCGCCAGGGAGUGCCGCCGGCAGCGGUGACUGGAAACUUUGUCUCCGCGCAGUUGGCAUGCGCGCGCGCUGAAGGCUCGCCGUGUGCAGGAGCGUGUUUAGAUACAAUACGCUGUUUCGACUCGGUCUCGCUCCUCAGCCUGCGCGUGCUUCUACAAGCGUGUGGAGCUCCACGGUGCUUCUUCGAAGUUUUGCAGUUGUGGCAGGGACUGGAGAGACACAUUUGGACAGGGGAAGGCCCAACGGGCUGCUCGGUCCGCCUUCAGCGCCAGCGCGGCUUGCCUCAAGGAGAUGCGAUUGCGCCUUGGGCUCUCAAUUUAGUGAUGGGAGCCUGGCUGCAGCAUCUGCCGGCGAUGGAUCUGGUCCGAGUCUAUCUGGAGGACCGGUGCCUUCUGGACUCGAGCCCAGCCCGCAUUGCUCAGGCCCUCGAGCGCACGCAGACUUUUGACCAUCUUUUUGGCAUGGAGAUUCACCCUCGCAAGUCGGUGCGCUUUCAGAUAGGAAACCCCAGAUGCCACGAAGCGGCCCGCUGGUUGGCCCUGCCAGAGUGCACUGUCAUUAAGUACCUAGGUGUUGCGCUCCAGACCACUUUGGUUGCAAACUUUGAGUUAGGUGACAGCAGAGCCGCUGCUGUGAAAGCCAAGAUUCUGCGAGCCCGCGCUCUCCCGGAGCACGACACUCGACGGGGACUGCUGCCUGCCUUUCUGCAAGGCCUGUACUCGGAAGGCAGCGCCCUCAGCAAAAGAGCUACUGACAGCCUCUCCACCGCUGUUUGCCAGGCAUGGUGGGGUCCGACCCUGCAUGUCAAGAACUGGAUGCGCAGUGUUGCUUACACACUGGGAUUGCUAGGCCCUCUUCACCGACUCGCCCCGUCUGCUGUGCAGUUCUAUGGCAUCGUGAUAAGCUUAGGCCGCCUCUUUCAGUGGGCUCCUGCCUUGGUUCAGCGACUUUGGCGUGCUUUUCAGGGCGGGCAUAAGUUUUUGGGUUUUGCUGGCAAUUUGCAUAGGGCUCUCGCGGCUCUUUCCUGGAGUUGGCCCCGAGCGGCUGCACUUCGAACAGGCGAGGCUCAGGUCAUCCAGCUGGACAGGCUCACGUGCCCUGGGGCACGCGGAGAGCAGGCACGCCAUGUUCUUCGGCAUGGCCUUCGGCAGUGGUGGUGGCGCAUGUGGGAUGGCAGUCGGCCGGCGCAUGAGGGCAUCGGGAGCGGGGUUGAUCGUGACUCUUCUCUGCAGCCGUUGCUCGCGAUGCGGGCGGGUCGCCAAGACUUCGGAUGGGAUGGCAGCCUCCGUGGUGCCAGAUAUGCACGGUUCCUCGCUGACGCCUUGUGGAACCGCUAUCGUUUGCACCAGGCUAAGCUUGCCCCGACAGCGCUCUGCCGGCGUUGUGGACUUGAAGAUGAGCAUUUGCUGCAUCUGCUCUGGGGCUGCCCAGCGAAUCGCGCUCGACUGGCGCAGCUGAGAUGUGAGUGGACCGCCGGCGCUGCGCCCGGUGCGCGCAUACGUGCCGAGGACCUUCCUGGUGCGUUGCCCAAGUGUCUUCGCCAGUGCGGUGUUGUGCCUGAGGAUGGCGCAGGCUGCAGCUCAGCUCAGGUGCGUGCCUUGCAGGGCUACUUCGUGGAUGUGCUUCAGGCGUGGGGUCGGGACCGCGCUACGGGAUCGACUGACUGUGAUUCGGAUGCCGAGUGA